AUGGUCUCCCAUAGCCCCCCAACAUCCGGCCACCCUUCGACCGAAAAUGACACCAAGGACGUCAGCGAAAAUUAUAUCUCAGAAAAACCUUCAACCUCGGAACUCAAGCAUAGCGUGGACGUGAUCCAUGGCAAUGCAUCGAACGACAAAUCCGUCGACACAAACUUCCAACCUGGUGUGCAAAAGGCUGAAGCGAUCACAAUUGCUUGGUCGUUGAAAGCCUUGAUUAUGGCCUAUGUCGUGAUUUGGCUUGUCUACUUUGUCCAAGGCAUCGUCACUGGAGUCAGCGGUGCUCUACUCCCCUAUGUCACUUCUGACUUUGCGGCACACUCACUUAUCCCUACAACGGGUGUGGUGAGCCAGGUGGUCGGCGGAGUCACAAACCUCUGUAUUGCAAAAGUCCUGGACAUCUUCGGUCGUCCCCAUGGGUUCAUACUAUGUGCGUUCCUCGCGACCAUCGGCCUCGUCAUGGCAGCUUCCUGCAACGGCGUCGAAGCAUAUGCUGCAUCCCAAGUCUUUUAUACAGUCGGAAUCAAUGGUCUCGGUUACUGUCUCAGCGUUUUUAUUGCCGAUACAUCUUCACUCCGUCAUCGAGGUCUUAUGCAAGCCUUACUCAACUCGCCAUACCUAAUUACAUCGUGGCUUGCUGGUCCAAUCUCUACAUCAUUUUUGAACGGUUCUGGUUGGCGGUGGGCUUUUGGAAUGGAGAGCAUUCUUAUUCCGGUAGUCGCUCUUCCGCUGUUUGGACUUUUCAUGUUUCACUACAAAAAGGCCAAGAGAGAAGGCAUUAUCCCAGCUCGCACGCAAAGCGGACAUACACGCUGGCAAUCUGUAAUGUACUAUAUCGAUGAGUUUGACGUUGUUGGGCUACUGCUUAUAUCUACGGGAUUUGCCUUCUUUCUCUUGCCAUUCAAUCUUUACACCAUGGAAGCCAAGGGUUGGAGUUCCCCUCUCAUCAUUAGCUUUCUCGUCUUUGGAAUCUUGUUCAUAGCUGCGUUUGUCGUCUGGGAAAGAUUCUUUGCUCGGGUCUGUGUAACCCCGUGGGCAAUACUUCGAGACCGCACAGUCCUUGGCACUUGUAUGGUGGGUUUCGUGCUCUUUGUGAGCGCAACUUGCUGGAAUUCAUAUUUGAGCUCUUUCCUUCAAGUGGUCAAUGGUCUGAGCGUAACUCAAGCAAGUUACAUAGUUCAGUCGGGUACGGUCAUAUCAGUCAUCGCGAACCUUGUUGCUGGAGUGACUAUCUCAUAUUCCGGGCGGUACAAACCGAUCAGUCUUUACUUCGCCCUGCCUCUGAUAGUCCUUGGUACAGGUCUGCUGAUAAACUUUCGACAACCCGAUCGAAAUGUGGGGUACAUCGCCAUGUGUAACAUAUUUGUCAACUUUGGGUUCGGGAUUUUGAUGCUCACAGUGGAGAUCGGCCUUUUAGCUGCCGCUGCCGUCCAGCAAUAUUUCGCUAUCAGUAUUGCUCUGUUGAACCUGUUCUGCUACAUCGGGAGUGCCGUCGGUUUUACAAUCUCUGCUGCCAUCUGGCAAGGCACGUUUCCAGAGAAAUUAGCUUUAUACCUCCCUCCCGAGAGCCAAGAGAAUCUUACUACCAUAUAUAGUUCUAUCGAGGAACAGCUCUUCUACGAAUGGAACUCGCCUACUCGUUUGGCAAUUCAACAUGCGUAUGCAGACACAUGGCGGCUUCUGCUGAUUACUGGUGCGGCAACCUGGGCCCUGGGGCUGGUAGCCAUGCUUGUGUGGAAGAAUACGAAUGUGAAGGGCGUUAAACAAAACAAGGGCUAUGUUGUAUAA